UCAUUCAGCGAACGCACUAAAAUUCUCUUGUUAAGGAAGUUCAGUUUCUGGUGUCUGCGUUUAAAAACCAUAACAAUGGAGGGAUUUGAUGAAGCUGGUGUAUUCUUUUCUGAUAAUUUUGGAGGUGAUCAGCAGCAGGAUGGGGCCCAAAUCAGUUUGCAGGCCGUAAAGAAAAAGUACAAGGAGUUCCUGCGCACUUUCAAUGAAGACAAUUUCUUCUAUAAAUACCGCGAUACCCUAAAGCGCAAUUACCUUAAUGGGCGUUACUUUCUGGAAGUCGAAAUGGAGGAUGUGGUCGGCUUUGACGAGACACUGGCGGAUAAGCUAAAUAAGCAGCCCACGGAGCACUUGCAAAUCUUUGAAGAAGCUGCGCGAGAGGUGGCCGAUGAAAUAACUGCACCUCGUCCCGAACACGAGGAGCACAUGCAUGAUAUCCAAAUUCUACUCUCUUCCAGCGCCAAUCCAACAAAUAUUCGUGAACUGAAGUCGGACAGCGUAUCGCGUCUGGUAAAAAUUGCCGGUAUAAUUGUGGCUGCAUCCGGCAUUCGCGCUAAGGCCACUCGCAUGUCCAUUAUGUGUCGAUCGUGCAGCACAGUGAUUCCGAAUCUGAAAGUUAAUCCUGGCCUGGAGGGAUAUGCCUUGCCGCGGAAGUGCACAGCGGAGCAAGCGGGACGCCCUAAGUGCCCCCUCGAUCCGUUUUUCAUAAUGCCGGACAAGUGCAAAUGUGUUGACUUUCAAACGCUUAAGCUGCAGGAAUUGCCUGAUUUUGUGCCACAGGGCGAGAUUCCUCGGCAUCUGCAGCUCUUCUGCGAUCGCUCGCUUUGCGAACGUGUUGUGCCCGGAAAUCGCGUCCUCAUCCAAGGCAUUUAUUCUAUUCGCAAGGUAGGCAAGCCAUCCCGCCAUGACGGGCGUGAAAAAGCCGUGGUUGGUGUGCGCGCGCCCUACAUGCGUGUAGUGGGUAUAACUGUGGAUACAGAAGGCGCUGGUGCCAUUUCACGCUAUAGUAAUAUUACAUCUGAUGAAGAGGAAGCUUUUCGCCGCAUGGCUGCCUCUGGUGACAUAUAUGAGCGCUUGUCGCAAUCAUUGGCGCCCAGCAUCUUUGGCUCCAAUGACAUUAAAAAGGCCAUUACAUGCAUGCUAUUUGGAGGUUCACGAAAGCGUUUGCCCGAUGGCCUAUGCCGCCGUGGUGACAUUAAUGUCCUGCUCUUGGGUGAUCCCGGUACUGCGAAAUCCCAGCUGCUGAAAUUUGUGGAGAGGGUCGCCCCAAUUGGCGUUUACACCUCUGGAAAGGGUUCCAGCGCGGCCGGCUUAACAGCAUCGGUAAUGAAGGAUCCGCAUACACGUAAUUUCGUCAUGGAAGGUGGCGCCAUGGUCCUGGCCGAUGGAGGCGUUGUGUGCAUUGAUGAGUUCGAUAAAAUGCGUGAGGAUGAUCGUGUUGCCAUACACGAGGCCAUGGAACAACAAACCAUAUCCAUUGCCAAGGCUGGUAUAACUACGACUUUAAAUUCCCGCUGCUCAGUUUUGGCAGCGGCGAACUCCAUAUUCGGUCGUUGGGAUGACACUAAGGGCGAGGAUAAUAUCGAUUUUAUGCCCACCAUUCUGUCGCGUUUCGACAUGAUAUUCAUCGUCAAGGACGUGCACGAUGAGGCACGCGACAUAACGAUGGCCAAGCAUAUUAUCAAUGUGCAUCUUAGUUCCAACAAGUCGGCACCUUCAGAGCCGGCAGAGGGCGAGAUUUCGUUGUCCAUGUUCAAGAAAUACAUACAUUAUUGUCGCACCCACUGUGGGCCUCGACUCAGUGAAGCUGCCGGUGAGAAACUGAAGAGCCGUUAUGUUUUGAUGCGCACUGGCGCCGGACAACAGGAAAAGGCGGCUGACAAACGCUUAAGCAUUCCGAUUACUGUGCGUCAGCUCGAGGCUGUGAUUCGCAUAUCCGAGUCGUUGGCCAAAAUGCGUUUGCUGCCCUUUGCCACCGAUGAGCAUGUCAACGAGGCGCUGCGUCUGUUUCAGGUGUCUACUCUGGAUGCAGCCAUGACUGGCAGUCUGGCUGGAGCUGAAGGUUUCACCACCGAGGAGGAUCAGGAAACACUUAACCGUAUUGAGAAGCAACUGAAGCGUCGUUUUGCCAUCGGCUCUCAGGUGUCGGAGCAGAACAUCCUGCAGGAUUUCUUGCGACAAAAGUACGAGGAGCGCACUGUAAUGAAAGUCAUUCAUACGAUGAUUCGUCGCGGCGAACUGCAGCACAGAAUGCAACGCAAGAUGCUUUAUCGCAUUUGCUGAUUAUGUCAAUUCCAAUUCAAGUUUUACUAUAUUUGUCCAUUGUUUGUAUUUUCUAAUUCAAUUCAUUUACCAUUUACCAACACUAGGCACUUAAAUAAAAUCGUUGUAUUUAUUAAA